AUGGGAAACACAUUUUGCUUGUUCUGCGGGUGCAUAGGGCAAUCACAUGUGGCGGUGGUCGAGCGUUGGGGCCGGUUCGAGAGGCUUGCUCAGCCCGGCUUCAACUUCUUCAACCCCUUAGCCGGCGAAUUUUUGGCGGGACUACUGUCCACAAGGCUUUCCUUCCUCGACGUCCGCAUCGAAACCAAGACCAAGGACAAUGUGUUCGUACAGUUGUUAUGCUCGAUCCAUUACAGAGUGAUAAAGGAGAGUGCCGAUGAUGCUUUCUAUGAGCUACAAAAUCCGCAAGAACAAAUCCAGGCCUAUGUCUUUGAUGUCACCCGCGCUCUUGUUCCAAGAAUGACUCUCGACCAACUCUUUGAACAAAAGGGUGAGGUUGCCAAAGCUGUCUUGGAUGAGCUUGAAAAGGUAAUGGGAGCAUAUGGAUAUAACAUUGAGCACAUACUCAUGGUUGAUAUUGUGCCCGAUCCUUCUGUUCGUAAAGCUAUGAAUGAGAUCAAUGCAGCUCAAAGAAUGCAACUUGCUAGUGUAUAUAAAGGAGAAGCAGAAAAGGUGCUUCAGGUAAAGAGAGCUGAAGCUGAAGCAGAAUCCAAGUACCUUGGUGGUGUUGGUGUUGCAAGGCAAAGACAAGCCAUAACGGAUGGAUUGAGAGAGAACAUCUUGAAUUUCUCACACAAAGUAGAAGGGACCUCUGCAAAGGAGGUUAUGGAUCUCAUAAUGAUAACUCAGUACUUUGACACAAUCAAAGACCUUGGCAACUCAUCAAAGAACACGACGGUUUUUUUACCACAUGGACCUGGCCAUGUUAGAGAUAUCAGUGAGCAGAUACGUAUGGGAAUGAUGGAAGCAACCAGUGCUCAUGUAAACACUCAAUGAUCUUUUCACAUUUUAGGAUAAAAACUUUAUUUUUACUUUA